GCGGCGGAGGGGCGUGGUUGCGUAGCCUAGAAUUAAAGAGGAGUGCAGGCCAGGUGCAGUGACAGGGUAGCGGGGUAUCCAUCAUGUUUUCUACCGGGAAGCUAGCUGGGUGUACUCUGUUCAUCACUGGGGCGAGCCGUGGGAUCGGGAAGGCCAUAGCUCUGAGAGCCGCUAGGGACGGAGCCAACAUCGUCAUCGCUGCCAAGACGGCCGAGCCUCACCCUAAACUGCCUGGGACCGUUUACACUGCUGCCGAGGAAGUGGAGAAGGCAGGGGGGAAGUGUCUGCCGUGUGUGGUGGACAUCAGGGACGAAGGGCAGCUGGAGAAUGCUGUACAACAGACCGUGGACAGAUUUGGUGGCAUUGACAUUGUUGUUAACAACGCGAGUGCCAUUCACCUCACAGGCACAGUUAAUACUCCCAUGAAGAGAUAUGAUUUGAUGAUGGGAGUGAAUGUGCGCGGAACCUUCCUCACGUCAAAGUUGUGUAUCCCUCACCUGCACAAGAGCUCCAAUCCUCAUAUCCUCAACAUCAGUCCACCACUCAACAUGAGUCCCCGCUGGUUCUCUGACCACUGUGCCUACACGAUGGCCAAGUACGGAAUGUCCAUGUGUGUGUUGGGUAUGGCUGAGGAGCUGAAGGAAGAUGGUAUUGCUGUCAAUGCCCUCUGGCCUCGCACAGUGGGCAAUACAGUAGAUCUUUUCACUUUCACUCCAGCCAUCAGUACAGCUGCUCUGGAAAUGCUGGCUGGAGAUGUCGGUGUACAGAUGUCUCGUAAGCCAGACAUCAUGGCCGACGCAGCGUACCUCAUCCUGACUCAGAACAGCCGGGACUUCACCGGGAACUUCCUCGUUGAUGACGAUGUUCUCAGAGACCACGGAGUGACUGACCUCGACCAGUAUGCCAAUGUUCCAGGGGGUGAGCUUCUGCCCGAUUACUUUCUUGACGAGGCUGAAAGUUUCAAGACCCAAUGGACAUCGGGAAAAGGAGCAGAAGCCGCUGAAACUCCGCCUACUCCGGGGGACCCCAAUACUCCAGCAGCUGUAUUUGAAGUGGUACAAACUCUACUGAGCCCCGAAAUCACCUCGAAGGUAAACGCCACCUUCCACUUUGUCCUGGACGGGGAGAACCCUGGUCAUUGGCUCCUUGAUUUGAAAAACGAGAGCGGGUCGUGCGGCGAGUGUUCUCCCGAGACGGAAACAGACGUGACAAUGACGACAAACUCUCAGCUGAUGGUGGACAUGUUCAAGGGGAAGGUGGGAGCUACGGGGGCCUUUAUGAGUGGGAAGCUCAAGAUCAAAGGGAACCUGGCCGCUGCCAUGCAGUUGGAGACUCUCAUGGGCAAAAUGAAGUCCAAACUGUGAGAUGACAUUGGAAUUGACAAAUCUAUGUAUAAUAUUGUAUUAGUACAUUUUUCUGCAAUGUGAAUUGAGAUAUGGCAUAAGAUAAAGAUCCCAUAUUUGUGUUACCACAUGGCGAACUGAUGCGUUUAAUUCCGCGGAUUA